CAGAAACUUCUAAAGAAGCAGAAGAGAAGAGGAAAGCUGCAGAUGGGAGUGGUGGGAAGGCGAAAUCUGGUCCUGAGCCCAUAGUCAUAUCUAUUGUCUUAAAGAUGGCUGAGUUUGAUCAUAAGGCUUUGCUAGAGGAGUGGAUCUCUUCGCGUACAUCUGGAGAUAAAUAUACAUCUAAGGAGAAAGAGAGACUAAUCACAAACCUGAAGACAAUUGAAGACUACCUUUGCUCCUUCAAUUCACAGGGAGUGACAGUUGUUAAUAUAUCAGCCACCACUUUCCCACAGACACUGGAUUGGCUUCACAACUAUCUUCUUCAGCGUAUUGAGGAAGGGAUUCGAUCGUCAGAGAAUGAGACGCCUGCAAAAGAAGUGGUGAAGAAGGCUUUAAGUCAAGGAUGAAAGCUUCUUGUCGUCCACUUGUAUGAAUCUGAAACAGGAAAAGAGUUUAGAACUCUCUAUUGAAUGUAUGAACACGUCCUCGCUUCAGAAAAAAAGACUGGUCUUAAAUCUCAAUUGCUACCUACUUCCGUGGCAGUGAUGACCUGAUCCAAGGAAAAACAAAACUUUUGUUUUAUGUUCACAUGAAUGAAUGAUUUAGAUGUGCUU